UUCUCCGCCAUUGAAAAUCCAAAAAUCGGUUAAAGAAGAACCAAUAUUUGGUUUGGCUUCGAUAUCUCCCACGAGCCACGACCUUAUUUUCAAUAUAGUCCACCGUCCAGCUUUCUCAACAAGGCCUGCUACAUUUUUUCUGAAUUCUGAAAACCUUUUUUUCUGAAUUCUGAAAGCUUUUUCUGUUCCCAAUGAUGGCUGCCCCACUCCCUUUCUCCCUCCAUCAUCUCCUUCUCCUUCACCCUCCUCUCACUUCCCGCCAAUACCCUCUUCCCCUUCUUCAACCUUCUCCCAUGGCCAUGGCUUCCGCUCCUCUUAGGUCAACUCUUUAACCCAUCGCCAAUCGGGUUCGUUCUUCUGUUUUCUUAAUUUUUCCAACAAUUACUUUAUAAUUGAAUCGUGGGUCUCUCUCCAAAUCUCCUAAGAACUCAUAAUUUUGAUACUCUGUUUUACUUUUAGCUCUUGAAUUCAUUUUGGGGUUUCAAACUGUCGCCUCUUUUAGCUUUGCUGUGUCUUUUUCUGCUGUUUAUUUGUUUAAUGCCUCCGACGUAUUUUCCUCUCCGGUGGGAGAGCACCGGCGACCAGUGGUGGUACGCUUCUCCGAUCGAUUGGGCGGCUGCGAAUGGCCAUUACGAUUUGGUCCGGCAGCUCCUCCGGAUAGACGGCAACCACCUCAUCAAACUCACGUCUCUCCGGCGGAUUCGCCGCCUCGAGACCGUUUGGGACGACGAAGAACAGUUCCACGAUGUCGCGAAAUGCCGCUCCGAGGUUUCUCGGAAACUUUUAAUGGAGUCCGAAUCGAAAAAGGGGAAAAGUUCCCUCAUCCGCGCCGGCUACGGCGGAUGGCUGAUUUACACCGCCGCCUCCGCCGGCGAUUUGGGGUUCGUUCAGGAACUGCUUGAGAGAAACCCUUUGCUCGUGUUCGGAGAAGGGGAAUAUGGGGUCACCGAUAUUCUCUACGCCGCCGCCCGGAGUAAGAACUCUGAUGUCUUCCGCCUUCUGUAUGACUUCGCAAUCUCGCCGCGGUUCUCGACGGGGAGAGGCGGCGUUUCGGAGGAGCAUAUCGGCGAGCUUCCGGUGGUUUACAAAUGGGAAAUGAUGAACAGGGGUGUUCAUGCCGCCGCCAGAGGAGGCAAUUUGAAGAUUCUUAAGGACCUUCUCGCCGAUUGCUCCGACGUAUUGGCUUGCAGAGACGCCCAAGGAUCCACCAUCUUGCAUGCAGCUGCCGGAAGAGGACAAGUCGAGGUGGUUAAAUACCUUGUCCAAACAUUUCCUAUCAUCAAUUCCAUUGAUCAUCAGGGAAACACAGCAUUGCAUAUAGCUGCUUGCAGGGGUCAACUGGCUGCAGUUGAAGCUCUUAUUGCUGCAUCUCCUUCAUCCAUCUCUUUAAGAAACAAUGCUGGUGAAACUUUUUUGCACAAAGCCAUUUCUGGCUUCCAAACUCCUGCUUUUCGUCGACUUGACCGACAGAUCGAUCUUCUGAAAAAUGUGAUUUGUGGUAAAGUUCAUAACAUGGAUGACAUAAUCAAUGCCAGAAACAAUGAUGGAAGAACUGCUCUUCACAUGGCUGCCAUUGGGAAUGUUCAUUCUGAUCUUGUGCAACUUUUGAUGGCUGCUCGGUCCAUCAAUUUGAACGUUCGAGACAUGGACGGCAUGACGCCGCUUGAUUAUCUCAAGCAAAAUAUGCAUUCUGCAUCAGCAGACGUAUUAAUAAGACAACUGAUUUCUGCUGGGGGAAUGUUUGGUUGUCAUGACUACAAUACAAGAAAGGCUAUUGCUUCACGGUUAAAGAUGCAGGGGAUUGGAAGCAGUCCUGGGACCUCGUUUCGAGUCUCGGACACUGAAAUACUGUUGUAUACAGGCAUUGAGAAUGGUUCUGAUAUAAUACCUGAUCACGGCAGUGCAGGAAUGAGUUCAUCUUCGGUCGAGUUGAGUCCAUACGAUUCGACCAAUGAUAAUCACAACUCAUCAUCAGCUGCUAAGAAAUCUAGUUCUGUAAACUCUGCAGCGCAACGGUUGAAAAGCGUCUUCCAAUGGUCCCGAAUUAAAGAUAAGAAGAAAAACGAGACAACAAAGAAGCCAAUGGAUGAGGGCUCCAUUGAAGAUUCACACAAGAAAUACAGCAGUUCAGAUGAAGCUCCAACCCCUUUGAGGCAACGGUUCUCAAAGCCUUUGGCUCUUCCCAACAACAAGCGGACACUUUCGGUUCGGAGUAAUCAAUCGAGCCCAUCCGCUAAGAAGAAACACGCAACUGGUUUAAUGCGCGGUGUGACUCAGGGCAUGCCACACAUUGCCAUUCCCCAUCGAUCCCGCUCUAGUUCAUUUUCAAAAUCAUCACUUUCAUCACCCAAUUCAGUAGAUAAACAGAAAGGCGUUUACUUUGACAAUGAUGGUGCAGGACCAUCUUGUUCAAACCAAGCCAUCGACAACGAAACGCCGUAUCUGGGGAAGCAAGGAUCGGUUGAUAGGAAGUUGAGGAGCCAGUAUUUCUGUUUUGGUGCAGGAAGCCUAAUUGGGAAAACCACAGUUAGCAAGCAGAAGCAGAGCCAGAGUUACAAAAUUCCAGCGGUUUCAGUGACAUAGAAGAGAAGAAGAGGGAAGACGAGCGACGCUGCUGUCGGGACUCUUAACUUAGAACCUAAGAAGUAAGUGCCAAACUGUCUGAUAUAUGUUUCUGUAAAUUGAAGCAAACUUAACUGAAGUAGCCAUGUAAUAUGUUGUAGUUUGGAAGUUUGGUUUGUUUCUAGGAACCCUGGUGAUACAAAAUAAGAGAUGAAGGGCCAUGUAUAAGUAAAAUAUGGUGGUUGGUUGGAUUAUAUGAUUUUCAAUAAUUAACUAGAAAGAGUCAAUGUCAAGUAACCUACUGGAAUGGCUUGCAACUUGCAAGUGAGAACUGCAGACAACAUGUGAUUCAAGGCCUUCACUUCAUAUCCAAUUUUGUAUCUUUUGUUUA